AUGUCCGCGUUCAUGUCUCUUCUGGUCUGUGCCUACGGGUUGCUGAUCUUUACCUUUUACUUUGUCGUCAAGGGUAUCCGUCCCGAUUGCCCGGCCGGAGCUAACCUGGGCAGCCAUGUGCAGACACUCAUCUCUGGGUUUCGAAACAACCUCUCCCACAUCCCGGGACCAUGGUACUCGCGCUUCACGUCGCUCGUCAACCAUUACCAUCGCAUCGUGGGCGACGAGCUCCAGUGGUUCCAUGGGCUGCAUCAACGUUAUGGGCCGCUGGUCCGUCCUGAACCAUAUGUCGUGGCGACCGCCGACCCCGGCCACUGGGAACAAGUCCAUCGCAGCCGUGGCAUCUUCAUGAAAAUCGAAUUCCCGCUCAUCGUUCCCGAAAAGUUCCUGUUCACCCUAACCGACCCCCACGAGCACAGGAUUCGGCGUCGGCUGCUGGCCCGCGGCUUGACGUUGGACACGCUGCGGCGCAACUGGGAGCCUGCGAUCAGAGCCAAGGUCGAGCUAGCCGUGCGCUGCAUCAAGGGCGAAGCGACAAGCGGCGUCGCCAACGUCUCCCGCUGGUGGUACAUCAUGGCGUCAGACGUCAUCUCUCUCCUCUCGUUUGGCGAGUCGUUCGACAUGCUCGAGAAGGCCGACCUGAAGGAAAACGACGAGUUCCUGACGGCGCUCCAGUUCGUGGGCUUCAGCAUGGCGCUGCAAUGGCUAUUCCCGGGCCCGGUCUUGCGGCUGUUGAAACUUGUUCUGCCCUUCCAGACGGUGCACGACAUCAUCAACGCCAGCAACCUGGUCUUCGCCAGAGGCAGCAUUGCCAUUCGCAACCUGCGCGCGGUCAACAGCGAAAAGCCGAACCUCUUCAGCGACAUGCUCGCCGAAGCCGACAAGGCGGGCGAGGGCGGCGAAAAGUCCAAGCUGACCGACGAGACGGUCCGCUCCGAGGUGGCCGAGUUCUUAGUGGCCGGCGCCGACACCACCGCCGUCAUGCUGACGUACAUCGUGUGGGAAGUCCUCCGGCAGCCCAGUCUCCGCAGCCGCCUCGAGGCCGAGGUGGCCGCGCUGCCGCCGGAUUUCAACGACACGGACCUCCUCGCGCUGCCGCUGCUCAACGGCGUCAUCGCCGAGUCGCUGCGCCUGCACAGCACGGGCUCAUCUCCGGCCAGCCGCGUCGUGGUCCAGGACGGUGUCACUUUCAACAGUCUCCCGAUCCCCGCCGGCACCCAGGUGCAAACCUUUACGUAUUCCAUGGCCCGGGACAACGCACUGUUCCCUGACGGCGAGCGGUUUGACGAGACGCGCUUCGACGACGAGAAGCAAAUGCCCGACCUGCAGCGGCGCAUCGCGGCCAACUUUGGCAGCGGCUCGCGAUCCUGCGUCGGCGUGGCGCUCGCCAGGAUGGAGCUCCGCCUCACCACGGCACUCUUCUUCCGCGAGAUGAGAGGCGCCCGCCUCGGCCCUGGCAUGACCGAUGACAUGAUGGAGAUGCGCCUCAGGUGCUUCAUCUACCCCAAGGGCGGCAAGUGCGACGUCACGCUGGUCGAUAAGAUGGUGCAGUGA